UGAUAAAAUUCCAGUGGACACGAGAACACAAUUCUGGAGGCCGGGAGUGAGACAGGCGCGGUCCCUUGUUCUUUACAUCGCUCGGCGGUGAUAAAAAAAAAAAAACAAAACCUAGUGAAAUGGUGAGGGCGAGCUUGACGAUUCUCAGAGAUGCAGGGAAUGGGCUCUGUAAGACUCUCUCGGAAAUACUGGUUUGUCCGCUCUCCAAGCAACCCUUAAGAUAUUGUGAGGAAACGAAUUCUCUAAUUAGUGACGCCAUUGGCGUUUCUUUUCCUAUAAAGGAUGGGAUCCCUUGCUUGGUUCCGAAUGAUGGCAAGAUAACGGAAGCUGACGACACUCCAAAAACUGAUGAUUCAAUUGAUUCAUCUUCGACAAAAAAUUAAUAACGAGGAGGUAGUCCUUAGGCUGUAUUGUGAGGUUUGAUAUGUUGGGGCUCACAAAUAAAAUGGCUUGUUGUCAUCCUAGGUGAUUUUCUAUCUGAGAAUUCCGUCUUAUGUUUGUAAGCUAUCGUUGUAUUUGUGCUAGAAAAUUGAAGAACCUGUUCUUGAA